ACCAUCGUUCAGUCAUUUUCACCCUUAUCCCUUUCUUGCCCAAGACCAAAAAAAAAUUUUCCUUCACUUUCCCGCAAAAUAAACAAGUCAUUAUUAUUAGCUGUGCAUAAGAAAGUGAGGGAAAACAAAUAUUCUACAGUUCCAAAACUUUUUCACAUAUAUUAUAAUUAUACGAUAUAGUAAAAUUUAACACAGCUUUUCCUGAGCUCAAGCUUGUGUGGGACUGGGAGAGUCAUCUAUGGCGACGCUUCACAGAGUGAGAUCACUACUUUCUGUCUUCAAUACCAAAUCCAUACUCUCUGUAUAUGCUCCUGUUUGUAGAUUCUCUACAUCACCACUAUCUUCUGAGUUAGAGAGUGUUGGAUUCAUUGGGCUGGGAAAUAUGGGAUCCAGAAUGGCAAACAACCUAAUUAAGGCUGGAUACAAAGUGGUUGUUCAUGACAUAAAUUGUGAUGCCAUCAAGAUGUUUACUGACAAGGGAGUUCCAGCAAAACGAACACCAUUUGAAGUUGCGGAAGCUAGUGAUGUUGUAAUUACAAUGUUACCUUCAUCAGCUCAUGUAUUGGAUGUCUACAUGGGACCAAAUGGGUUGCUUCAUGGAGGAAGUCUUUUGAGACCACAGUUGUUUAUAGAUUCAUCUACCAUUGAUCCUGAAACAUCAAGAAAGGUUUCUGCAGCUGUAUCCAGCUUCCUUUUACAAGAAAAGAAGGGUUCUUGGGAGAAGCCUGUCAUGUUGGAUGCUCCUGUGUCUGGAGGUGUUUUUGCUGCAGAAGCGGGUAGCCUCACUUUUAUGGUCGGUGGGUCAAAGGACGCUUAUCUGACUGCCAAACCCUUGUUUCUGUCUAUGGGCAAAAACACGAUCUACUGUGGUGGAGCAGGAACUGGUUCAGCAGCAAAAAUUUGCAACAAUUUGGUAAUGGCCGUGAGCAUGCUUGGGGUAUCAGAAGCCCUUGCUCUUGGCCAGUCACUUGGAAUUGGAGCAGACACUCUAACAAAGGUUUUUAACUCUUCAAGUGCUCGAUGUUUUUGUAGCGAUACUUAUAACCCAGUUCCUGGAGUUAUGGAAGGGGUGCCUGCUUCAAAGGAUUAUACUGGUGGAUUUGCAUCUAAGCUUAUGGCUAAAGACUUGAAUCUUGCUGCUACAUCAGCUAAAGAAGUUGGUCUUAGAUGCCCUCUGACAUCACAUGCAUUAGAGAUAUACACAAAGCUGUGUCAGGAUGGUCAUGAAAUGAAGGACUUCUCUUGCGUUUUUCGCCAUUAUUACUUUGGCAAGGAUGAGCAGUAGCUUAAUCAGUGAGAGUUACUGAUUAUAUAAGAUCCUCAAACAACCUGGGAUGAAGUCCAGCCGGCACUUUUGUGGGUGCCCAUCACCAUCAUACUUGGAGCUUCAUCCACUUAUCAACAUUACUCUAUAGUGCUUUUAGAUUUGAAAUGGAGUUUUUGGUUAGUGCUGAUUGAAUCAAGUGCUGUACUUUCAAUAUAAAUUAUUAUAAUUUUUUUAAAAAUUAAGGUUAUUAAUUAAUCUUAUUGAUUUGGAUA